AUGGGAAAUUGUGGGUCUAGCAAAUAUGUAAAUCGGCCAAAUUUCACGGCCAAAUUGAUUCUCCUAAACGGGAAGCUUCUAGAAUUCGAGCACCCGGUCAAGGCAUCUCUGCUGACGUGGCAGAACCCUAGCUUCUUCAUAUGCAGCUCUGAAGGGAUGGAGUUCGGCCAGCUGGCGGCUGAGGUGGGCGGUGAUGAAGUCCUCCGGCUGGGUGAGGUGUACUUCGAGCUUCCGGUCGAGUGGCGGAGCCACAAGAUGCAGGCGGAAGACAUUGCUGAGCUGGCGGCAAAGGCCAGCUUGGCGCUUUCGGGUGGCGGUGAGUAUGAUGACGAGGCUAUGAUAAGGUGCGGUUGUUGUUCGCCGAGAAGUAGAGUCGAGCCGUUGGUGCCGGUUUUUAAGGAGGAGACGGUGCCUCCGCCUGACGAGGGCGGAGGGAAGAGAAGAGGUGGCCGGUGCAAGCGCCGGCGAAAGUUUGAGGUGGAAUUAAGCUCGAUAACCGAGGAGUAA